CUGGAUCUGUCGCAUGAGGCGCAGGUGGCAGGUGCAGAGGGAGCGACACGUGCAGCUCAUCCAGGAGUCGGCCACGAAGGUCAAUUGUCCAUCUGUGCGUUUCUUUCCGUGACUCGUCAACCAGUCCAUUGCUACUCUUUCGCUGAUUCAAGUUUGCUGUGUGCGAGUGCUGACGCUGGUCGGACCUGCGUAGGCUCACAACUGUUGCUACGAUGGAGCGUGUAGUGCGGCUACUAAAGGCCUACGCGCUCUAUGACACUGAAGUCGGCUACGUCCAAGGCUUGCAUCUUGUUGUUGUCCCUCUUCUACUGCACGUAGGGUCAUCGACGUACCCUGCUCAGGAUGCUGAAGCAUUCAGCUUGCUUGUCCGUCUCAUGAAGCAUUACGACUUACGAUCUUUCUACCUACCAGCAAUGCCUGGCCUUCAUCGGCGACUCUACCAGUUUGAUAGGCUGAUUGAACAGAGCCUACCAGCUGUGCAUGUUCAUCUUGCUCGUCAGGGUGUACACAGUCAUAUGUACGCAUCACAAUGGUUCCUCACGCUCUUUGCCUACAAAUUCCCAGCAAGUCUCGUCACGCGUAUUCUGGAUAUGAUCCUAAUUGAUGGCUUGGAUGCUUUGCUUCAAUUUGCAGUGGCACUCAUCACGCGUAAUGCACAGCAGAUUCUGAGCAAGACAAAGUUGGAGGACUUGCUGUAUUUCUUGAAGGAUGGCUUGUUUGCUGCCUAUGAAGUCGAGGGUGAUGUGCGACGCUUGACGGGUGUCUCCCUUCUAGCAGGGCUUGCGAAAGGUGACUCACCUGGCCAAGCAUACCGUGCUCAGGACUUACUCGAAGAUGCAGCCUGUGUAUCGCUUGACCAAACACAACUUGCUCGCUAUGCCAAAGAAUACGAGGAAGCUGCAAUCUCUCAGCGUCAACGCGAAGAGGCUGAAGAAUCGCUGCGUCAGAGCAACAUCACCUUACAAGCGACCGUCAAACGACUGGAAGAAUCGCUUGAAGUGCUCAACACGGAGCAUAUCGCGUUGGCGAACGAUCUGGUGACCUCCAAGAUGUCUCUUGCAAAGCUCGAAGAUGAGAAUGAGGCACUCGAGGCGACUGUAGCCGAUCUCAAAGUCAUUGUGGAUCGUCAGCCUGUUGAGGUCGAGGAUCGCUUGCGCGUGGAGAUGCAUGCAUUGAUGGUCAAGGAGCAAGCGACUAGUCUACGGAAUGGUUCGCUGGAGGAGCAACUUGCUGAUAUGGAGCAAGAACUCAUACACAUCAAGAUGGCCUUUGCCACGGAGCAUCAAAAUCACGAGCUGCUGAAGCAAAAGAUGGAAGGGCUCAAGAAGAGCUUCAACGCAUAG